CCAUCACCAGUGUGUGAAUGGGUGGAUGACUGGAUACGUAAAGCGCUUUGGGGUCCUUAGGGACUAGUAAAGCGCUAUAUAAAUACAGGCCAUUGAUUAUUAUUAGCAGAAAGGAAGAGCCUAUCAUUCCUCAGAGUCAUGUUUAUCAUCACAUUAUCAUUAAAGGCCCAAACCAUAAAAACAUAUUUAUCAGUAUUCUAAACAUUUGUUUCACAGCAAAAUUAAAGAGCUUUUUACACAUUUCACUUUUCAUCUGCUCUUUCAAAUCAAAAAGUUCACAGAGUCAAAUUUAGUUUAAAAGUCAAAAAAAUCCCAAAUUUCAAUCUUAAUGAAUGGAACAACUUUAAUAAAGUCAAUCAGCUGUUUUUGUUUUAUACUCUUACUUGUUGUGUUAAAGGCUGUAGCUUCAUCUCUUAUGGAUGACUCGGUUUCCAUGGAGAAUGAUGAGAUGAGGCUCCGCCCAGCGAUGGUUUGGACGGCGUCCUCGAAACCUGACGUGGAGACGUUUCCACCGACUUCAUUCAAUUUUAUCAUUUUAAAAGAUUUUGGGGAAAAAAGUGAAGAACAAAGUGUUACAGAUUUAUAACAGUGUUACAAGUACAGAUAAUGAACUUUACUAAACGAACAAAUGCACGAUUGUGUCCAAAUAGAAAGCAUACAAUUAAAGAAGGAAAGGAAAAAGGAAGUAAAAUGAGGAGAUGAGACAGAGAGAGGGAGGAAGGAAAGGAGAGAAUAGGAAGAAAGGGAGCACAGAGCUCUGCUGCUAUUCUACAGUAGAAUAUGACAGGAAGCUGGAAAGACUCACAGGAAGUCUUCCUGUACAACUCCUCCAUCUAAUGCACAGUACACACAGCAGUAGUUGCACCCUCUUUGUGGGAUUCUGGAUAUUUACCACUGAGCUAUUUAUAUAAAUUAGAACUAUUGCUUAUAUUUUAUAACUUUACUAUAUUGUAUUAUUUCAUUUAGUUCAGUCUGUCACUGUUCUUAUUGUCUUGGGGGAACUGUAACCACAUAAUUUCUGUGUUCUAAUUCCAAAAAUUUGACAAAAAAGAAAUUUUCCUGCAAACAUCCAUGCUACAAGCUAUAACACAGCCAAAAUGAUAGCUAAAUCAAAAAAAACAAACAAAAAAAACUAAAAGAUGUACAAAAGGUAAGGGUUAAUUGGAUCCAGUUUAUCUUGUUAAAUUUCUCAAUAGUGAAGCAAGAUGAGAUGAUAAGGAAGAUGAGGGGUUUUUGGUGCGUAUUAGGGGUGGGGUGAGCAUGAUCACUGCUUGCCUUUCUGUAGAAGUCACCACACACCACUGCUGUGAUGUUGGUCUGUGGACGCCUCUCUGUGUUUUCCGCCCUGCUCAAGGUUUACUCUCACCUUCCUGAACUUCCUGUUUGUUGUGACUGAUGCUGAUCAACUCUGUGUGAAACUCCAUUUGAAGGUAAUGGAAGCAGCUUGUAAUGUUUUCCUGGCUAACAUCAGCUUUGUGCAGCUUAGUUCCAGCACAAAUCUGCCACUCCAUAGUUCACAGUAAUGGACUUAGAGCUCGACCAAUGACCAGUGUUGGACCAACCGUUAAACACUUUUCCUCCUGUUAGUGUUUAUGAGUAUGUGUGUGUUAAAAUUAAAUCUGUCUAAGCAGGUGUAAGUGAUUAUUUUCUCUGUAGACUAUCUUUAACCUGUAUAUAAGAGAUGAUUGAAGACAGUGUUCAUGUUUUUACUUCUAUUUAGAAUUUUCAAGUUGAGUGUUUUGUCUACUUCUUCUGGAAGUUUCAGCUACUGUUUACAGGCAGGUUUAUAGAAUUCAAAGGAAAAAAGGCUUCGUGAUGAGUCAGUUUGAAUGUUUUCAGCGAUCAGCUGUAGAAAAAUAACAGUGAUGACUUCUUCAGUUCUCAUUAGAGGGUGGAGUUUGUGGUUCAGCAUGUAGGUCAGUUUGCAGAUGAAGGCAGCAGCUUUGUAGGCCAGCAGUUUUAUUUUUUGACUGAUUUCAUAUUUAUUUUUUUAAACCUGUCUUGUCCAGUAGUUGUAGCAAGCAGACAUAUGGUCUUAUCUAGCCUUAAUAACAAUAUCCCAAAGGGAUCAAGGCCCAGUGUGCCCUAGACCCACACCUGACCAAGCGCACACACUCAAACAAAAACCCCUAGAAUUUCUACCCCACCCUCUGAAGUGUGUAUGGACAGGUGCCCUCCAAUAACAAGCCGUGACCAGUGAUGCAGUUAACCCAGGCACCAGUUGAAAAAAUUGUAAUGCAAUGUAGAAAUUCUUGAUGAUGAUUUCUAUAGUCUAGAAGCCAUCAUCAAGAAUUUCUUGAUGCUACUUACAGAUAAGCAGAUGUGUUUUCAGUGGCUGAAAACAUAUGUUUAUCCAUGAGCAGCUAAACUAAAUAAAGGCUGAAAUUCUGUUGUUGUCAGGUGAUGGUAGAAGUGUGUGUGAGCUGAUGUGGAUGUGAAUUCAGCAGCAUGGAUCAGUGUGAGGACAGAGAGGAGGGAGUCCCUCCCUCUAAAACCACUCUGUGUGAGGAACAUGAGAGCCAGACCAAAGAUCAGAGGAACCAACCUGGACCUCCACCCAGCUGCGUGUCCUUAAAGAGUGACAAAGUGAAGGAUAUCAUCAAGAAAUUUGAACCAACACGACCAUUUCAGAAAAAGAUCCAUCAGAAACUCAAACCUGAACCCAGCUGUGUGUCCUUACAGAGUGCCCAAGUGAAAAAGCUAAUUAAUACAUUAGAACAAAGAGAGCCAAGUGGGAAAAGGUCAGAGAUGGAGAAGGCCUUACCAGUGCAGCUACUGGAAAUGCUGAAGAAAAUGGGAGAGGAGGAGCUGAAGCUUUUCCACUUUUACCUGCAGUAUGAACCUGGAGAUGACUUCCCCAAACUCUAUAAGUACCAGCUGGAGAACGCAGACAGACUGAAAACAGUAGAAGUGAUGGUGCAGGCAUAUUCAGACCGUGUGAUGCAGGGGGCGAGGUUGAUUUUAGAGAAGAUGAAUGAAGGAAGUCCCCCAGCCCAGGAAGCUUCAACAGUUUCAUCAGAAGAGGGUCUUCAAAACUGUCAGUUUAAACUCAAAUCUAACCUGAAGGAGAGGUUCCAGUGUGUGUUUGAGGGGGUUGCUAAAGCAGGAAACCCAACGCUUCUGAAUCAGAUCCACACAGAGCUCUACAUCACAGAGGGAGAGACUGCAGAGAUCAAUGAUGAACAUGAGGCCAGAAUGAUUGAAACUGUGUUCAAGAAACCUGCCAGACCAGAAACAACAAUCAGGCAAGAAGACAUCUUUAAAGCAUCACCUGGAAGACAUGAACCAAUCAGAACAGUGCUGACAAAGGGAGUGACUGGUAUUGGGAAAACAAUCUUAAUACAAAAAUUCACUCUGGACUGGGCUGAAGACAAAGCCAACCAGGACAUCCAGUUCAUAUUUCCAUUCACUUUCAGAGAGCUGAAUGUGCUGAAAGAGGAAAAGUUCAGCUUGGUGGAACUUGUUCAUCACUUCUUUACUGAAACCAAAAAAGCAGGAAUUUGCAGCUUUGAAGACUUCCAAGUUGUGUUCAUCUUUGAUGGUCUAGAUGAGUCUCGAAUUCCUCUGGACUUCCACAAAACUACAAUCCUAACUGACCCUAGAAAGUCCACCUCAGUGAAUGUGCUGCUGACAAACCUCAUCAGGGGGUACCUGCUUCCCUCUGCUCGCAUCUGGAUAACCACACGACCUGCAGCAGCCAAUCAGAUCCCUCCACAAUGUGUUAAUAUGGUGACAGAGAUUAGAGGGUACACUGAUCCACAGAUGGAGGAGUACUUUAGGAAGAGAUCCAGAGAUGAGGAGCAGGCCAGCAGGAUCAUCUCCCACAUCAAGACAUCACGAAGCCUCCACAUCAUGUGCCACAUCCCAGUCUUCUGCUGGAUCACUGCUACAGUUCUGGAGGAUGUGCUGCAAACCAGAGAGAAAGGAACACUGCCCAAGACCCUGACUGAGAUGUACAUCCACUUCCUGGUGGUUCAGGCCAAAAUAAGGAAGGUCAAGUAUGAUGGAGGAGCUGAGACAGAUCCACACUGGACUCCAGAGAGCAGGAAGACGAUUGAGUCUUUGGGAAAACUGGCUUUUGAUCAGCUGCAGAAAGGAAACCUGAUCUUCUAUGAAUCAGACCUGACAGAGUGUGGCAUCGAUAUCAGAGCAGCCUCAGUGUACUCAGGAGUGUUCACACAGAUCUUUAAAGAAGAGAGAGGACUGUACCAGGACAAGGUGUUCUGCUUCAUCCAUCUGAGUGUUCAGGAGUUUCUGGCUGCUCUUCAUGUCCAUCUGACCUUCAUCAACUCUGCAGUCAAUCUGCUGGAAGAACAACAGACAUCGUCCUGGUGGUCAAAAUUUUUUAAUGCACCAAAACUACAGUAUGUCCACCAGAGUGCUGUGGACAAGGCUUUACAGAGUCCAAAUGGACACCUGGACUUGUUCCUGCGCUUCCUCCUGGGUCUUUCAAUGCAGCCCAAUCAGAUUCUCCUACGAAAUUUUUUGCCAGACACACUAAGUAGCUCACAGAUUAUUCAGGAAACAGUCCAGUACAUUAAGAAGAAACUCAGUAUGAAUCUGUCUGCAGAGAAAAGCAUAAAUAUGUUCCACUGUCUGAAUGAACUGAAUGAUCGUUCUCUAGUAGAGGAGAUCCAACAGUCACUGACUUCAGGAGGUGUCUCCAUAGAUAAACUGUCUCCUGCUCAGUGGUCAGCUCUGGUCUUCAUCUUACUCUCAUCAGAAAAAGAUCUGGAUGUAUUUGACCUGAAGAAAUACUCAGCUUCAGAGGAGGCUCUUCGGAGGCUACUGCCAGUGGUCAAAGCCUCCAACAAAGCUGUACUGAGUCACUGUAACCUCUCAGAGAGAAGCUGUGGUGCGCUGUCCUCAGUUCUCAACUCCCAGUCCUGUAGUCUGAGAGAGCUGGACCUGAGUAACAAUGAUCUACAUGAUUUAGGAGUGACACUUCUGUCUGCAGCUCUACUGAGUCCAUACUGUACACUGGAAACUCUCAGACUGACUCACUGUAACCUCUCAGAGAGAAGCUGCGAUGCCCUGUCUUCAGUUCUCAACUCCCAGUCCUGUAGUCUGAGAGAGCUGGACCUGAGUAACAAUGAUCUACAGGAUUUAGGAGUCAAGCUUCUGUCUGCUGCACUACAGAGUCCACAUUGUACACUGGAAACUCUCAGGUCAGGAGUGAAAUAUUUCACCGCUGAUCAUUUCAGUUCUGAAUGGUAUUAUUUGAUAAACAACUAAGCGUUUUAAAAUUGUCAAUUGACCUUUAAUUUAACUUUGGAU